AUUCUCAAAACUUAAGACGAUAUACAUUACAAGCAAUGGAAAAUUUUAUUUCCUUUCCAUCAAACACUAUGGCCGCUGUCUCCAUUACUGUCGCCUUCUUGAUUAUCUCAAUUAUUUGGCUUUCAAGAAACCUGUUCCGUAAGAAAAAGAGAGCAGCUCCAGAAGCUGGAGGUGCGUGGCCGCUACUUGGCCAUCUUCAUCUCCUAGGAGGUCCUCAACCACCGCACCAAGUACUAGGCGACAUGGCUGAUAAAUAUGGUCCAAUCUUUAGCAUCAAGAUGGGCAUACACACAACUCUAGUAGUCAGCAAUUGGGAAACUGCAAAAGAAUGUUUCACCACCAAUGACAGAGCCUUCGCCGAUCGUCCCAAGAUUCUUGCUAUGGAGCUUUUGGCUUACGAUCGUUCCAUGUUCGGGUUCAGCCCAUACGGAAAUUACUGGCGUCAAAUACGCAAGAUUGCCACACUCGAGCUUCUCUCUAACCACCGAAUAGAGAUGAUGAGACAUGUACGCGAAUCCGAGAUGAGAACUGCUUUGAAAGAGCUGUACAAGGCAUGGGACAAGCAUAAAAGCUCAAACAGUAGUAAGGUUUUGGUGGAGAUGAAAAGAUGGUUCGGUGAUAUUACCUUAAAUGUAAUUCUUAACAUUAUUAUCGGGAAAUCUGUCGGAUAUGUGACUACCAAUGAACAGAGCGACGAAGAAUGGAAAAAAGCGUUGAGGGAUUUCUUUCAUUUGUCUGGAAGGUUUGUUGCAGCCGAUGCUGUGCCGUUUUUGAGGUGGUUCGAUAUUGGCGGGCAUGAAAAGGCUAUGAAGGAUACUGCAAACAAAAUAGACACUAUUGCUAAAGAAUGGCUUAAGGAGCACAAAGCUAAAAAAGCUUCCGGUCGGAGAAAAGAGGAUUUUAUGGAUCUGAUGCUUGAUCUUAUUGAUCAGGAAGCAGAAGCAAGUCUCUGUCGCGAUUCCGAUACGAUUAACAAAGCCACAUGCCUGGCUCUUACUUUGGCAGCAUCAGACACAACAUCUGUUACUUUGAUUUGGGUUCUAUCACUACUAGUUAAUAACCCUCAUGUCAUGAGAAAAGCUCAAGAUGAGCUAGAUAUUCAUGUCGGUAGAGACAGGCAAGUAUGUGAAUCUGAUAUUGACAAUUUGGUUUAUCUCAAAGCAAUAGUCAAAGAAACUCUACGUUUAUAUCCAGCCGCACCACUUUCUGUACCACAUGAAUCCAUGGACGACUGCAUCGUAGCUGGUUACCAUAUUCCGAAAGGCACAAGACUGCUUACUAAUCUUUGGAAGAUUCAUCGUGAUCCAAACGUGUGGCCGAGUCCUUCGGAAUAUCAACCAGAAAGAUUCCUUACAAAUCAUAAAGAUUUUGACGUAAGAGGUCAAAAUUUUGAGUUUCUACCAUUUGGCAGUGGUAGAAGAAUGUGUCCCGGAAUUUCUUUUGCACUUCAGAUUUUGCAAUUAACAUUAGCUACGCUACUUCAUGGAUUUGAUUUUUCAUCGCCAACGAGUGAACCGGUUGAUAUGACCGAAAGUCUUGGAAUGACGAAUCUUAGAGCAACUCCACUUGAAGUCCUCAUCAAUCCACGCCUCGAAUCUCAUCUCUACCAGUAAAUUAAUUGUCGCAUAUAUUAUUGUUAGCUUUGAUUUGCAGCACAUCUAAAAUACAUAAUCGUAUUGGUCAACAACUUAUUACUUAAA